AUGGAAAGAAAGACAAUGGUCAGUACUAAGAAGCUCAUCAAAAUGGCAAGGAGAUGGCAAAAGUUCGCGGUCAAGCAGAGGAAGCAGAUUUCACUUCCAAGAAAUGGUAGUGAUGCAGACAGUUUUAGUACAUCUUCAUCCUCUAUUGCCGGAAAAGGCCAUUUUGUAGUCUAUACAAUUGAUCAAAGGUGCUUAAACAUGUCUGAAGAAGAGUUUGGACUACCAAGUGGUGAUCCUAUUACAUUACCCUGUGAUUCGGCGUUCAUGGACUACAUCAUGUCACUGAUCAAGAAAGGUGUAACUGUUGGAGAUCUUCACAAAGCAUUGCUCCUCUCAAUUCCCUCAUGUUGCUGUUCAACUUCUUCCUUUCACCAAGAAAGUGGAAAUCAACAAAUUCUUGUUUAUUGA